AUGGCCGUUGGAGGUGGUUCAGCUGGUGAAGGAGCUGGAGUAAUCUACUUGUGGUUUGAUGGGUUCUCUGUUUGGUCUUACGAUGAUUCAUUUGUGGACACGGUUUUGAUGCGCUAUAUGUGGCGUAAGGUGAAAAAAUUCCAUCUUGACAUAAAGGAGGAAUACUACCACUCUAACAUUGAUUCCUGGAUUCACUUUGCAAUUGAUCAUCAAGUGGAAGAAUUUUUUCUCAACUUGAAUAAUUGCGGGUGGGAUAAUUGGUGGGAGGAUUACACAUGGUCUCCAUUGCUUAAUCAUUGCUCUUCCUUGACUAAGCUAUGUUUGAGAGGCUGUCGUUUCUCAUCCAGCGAUAGUAUUAGUUGGAGUUCGCUUAAGUCCUUGUCCAUUCAAAACGUGAGUGAUGAUGUGCUUCAGAAGAUUUUGAUGGGCAGCCCCAUUCUUGAACACUUGAAUUUGAUAGGAUGCAGGAGUGUAAAAGGAAUACAAUCGAGAAGUUUGAGAGAGUUGGUGAUUGAUGCUUGUUGGGCAGACUACCCUUUGGAGAUUUCGACUCCUUGUUUGCUGUCUUUACGUGUGAGAAGUGCUUAUUUUUGUAAGUCAAUACGAAUUAUCGAAGCACCGUCCUUAGUUAAAGCUGAAUUAGAUUUCGGUCCAGCCAAAUCAGAUUGCCGCCUGUUAAAGGAAUUGCUUUUCAAGCUGCAGAAUGCAACUCAAAUUCUUUUCGGUGCUUGGUGCUUUCAGGUUAUGUUGCCUUUGAAGGUAGAAGAUGUGCAGGAUUCGUUGCUGAAUUGCAAGUCUCUGACGCUACACGUGCCCAUUCGUGAAUUCAGCUUUCCUGCUAUAGCAAAUAUGCUAGCAACUACACCAAAUUUGGAGAAGCUUGUCAUAAAAUUUGAGCUAUCUGCUUGGGACGCCUCGUGGGUAUAUUCUUUAAACUCUAAGUCACAUGUUUAAAUAUUUCAAAGGGUUAACCGGAAUGCACCAUCCAAAUUCUCUCCAUUCCUUUGUCUUUUUGAGUCCAUUAAUUA